GGGAGCGGGGUCCCUUCGCGGCCUGCGGGGGCGACGGGCGGGCCCGUCUUUUCGGCGCUCCGGGGGCCCAUUUAAUUCUCAGGAUCCCCACUCCCCCAGGGUGGCUAAGGGCAGCUCAGGAGGAACACCCCCUCUACAGCGACUAACAAGGCAGGAGGACACCCCGAUUCCACCGUGAGGCAGUUACCGCGCAGUGGUCCCCAGCUCACGCUCUGGCGACAUUCUGGGGUUUGUACUCACUGUAUGACCUUGGGCAAGUCACUUCGUCUCUGAGCCUUAGUUGCCUGAUCAGUUAAAUGGGGAGUGAACCUGCCUACUAGGGCCGUGGUGGGGAUGAAGUGAGAUGCAUGCGAAGCACAGUCUCUGGCAUACAGCAGGCGUCCAAUAAAUGAUAGCUGCUGUUAAUUAAUUCACAGACCCGUGGGGAGAGCCCGAGUUUGGGACUAGGGUGUUUUUCACAACUGAUGUCGCACUCAGAGGUUGUUGGAAUUAUCAGGCUGGGAAUAGCAGUCGCCAGCUUCUGUUCCCUGCAGGGAGGGGAACCUCCUUGCUUCAGAGCCCCUCUGCGAGUCGCAGCUGCCACUGGGGAAGCCCAAUUUCAGCAUCGCUGAGAUUAUUUUCAAAGGUUUGGAAAUCCUCUCUCUGAAUCUCUCUGGAACUGGGUUGGGGUGUGGGGACCCUCUGGCGCUUCACAGCCAGUGGAAGGUUGCCUAGGAUGUGUCUCACGGGCCUUGGGCUGGGGAUGAAUGCAGAGGAUUGGGGUGCGGAGGUGGAGGGGGUUGUUCUGCGCUCCCCUUGCUGCUGUGUGGAGGCCAGGGAAACUCUGAGCCUCUUGAAGCUAGACCAGGGAUACAUAAACCUGUGGACUGGGGCGAUGCCGGGCCCAAAAUAGCUUCUGUCUGUGCAGGGAGGGGGCGCCUUCAAAUGCUGCUUGGAGAAUGUUUCUGCUUGAAUGGGCCAGCUGAGGUAAAGCCAAGCUCAUGCUUUGCUAUCCAGAAUCAUUUCAAUUCCGUUUAGUGAGGUUUUAAACAGAUAUAGCUUUCCUUUGAGAUGUUUAAAAAAUAAUAAUUAAAAUCCACCACCUCCCUGAUUGCAACAUCUCUCUCUUCAUUGCUUUGCUUUUCAAAGGGGACCCGGAUUAUGGGUGCAGGAAGUGCUGACCAGGCCUGUUGGCUCUGGGCACCCGUCUGAUUCUGUUAGGGACGUUCACGGUGCCAUUUUUUUUUUUUUCUUUCCGCCACACUGGCACGUCUUGGCGUUCCAAUCCUUGGGUUGCUUGGAGAAAUUAAUGGCUUCUGUCACCAGGCUGUCUUGGUCUCCUGUAACCACGCUGUUUUUGCAGAGAGCGUGUUUUUUGUUGUUUUUGCAGAGUGCUAGGAAUAAAUUGCUGGCUCUAUGCUCAGAAGAGACACCAGCUACAAUGCAGCCUGUAUUCUCAGGAAUGAAUUCAGGAGGGAUGAUGUCAGCUGCUCUACCACUGGCCCGGCUCUGGUCGCCUCUCCUCUUGGCCCUUGAGCUUACGUCAUAAAUAGAUUUGUGGCUCUUCCAACCCCAUUCUGUGUGAGAAGAUGUGAAUUUUGCUACUACAGGAAUUUUUAGAGCUCAACUCUGCUGGCCCUGCCAUAGGGCGUACUGACUUAGUUGAGCCCUUUCAAGAAGAGCUGUCCAGCAGCAGGACAGCUUUGCCUGAAAGCAGCACAGCUCAGAGCUUGAGUCAGGGUUUUGGCCUCAGACCUAGGUUCAGAUCUCAGAGCCACUUCUUCCUAGCCUUGUGACUUAGGGCAAGCGACUUGGCCCCUCUGAGCCUCAGUUUUUUCUUUUUAACCCUGGGGUUGUCGUGUGGAUUUCAUUGAUUUUCACGGAGCACUUAGCAAAGGGCCCUUAUGUACUAAUCCCUUGGUGAAUGGUACUAAUGGUAACAAUAAAUGAGUGAGAUAAAUGAGAAAAAGCACAGGCUGCAGGGCCGGUCAACCCAAGUUCAGAUUCCAGCUCUGACCCAUUCAAGCUGUGUUGGGCAGGUUGUUUAAUGGCUGAGCCUUGGUCUGUUUCCUCGUAGAAUUGUGAGGAUUAAACUGGGUGAUGCAGUUAAAGUGGAAAGCCCAAUGUUUAGCACAUAGUAGGACUUCAAUAAUUGUUAGUUUCCUUCUCUCCUUGCCUUAAUUAUCUUUUAGCAUUCAUUUUCUUUCACCUGUUUCCUCACCUACCUAGGUUGGUUCAAGAUUUUUCUUAGAUGAGUUUCCUAUCCUUGACUUUGGGACUUUGAAUACCAACUGGGCUAUUUGGAUCCCUUUUCCUUGUUUAUCUGCCAGCCUUAAACAAGGGUGUGGACUGUGGUGUGAUUACAGAGCAGCAGACGCUGAGCUUGAGGGCGGCUGACUUUGUUUUAAAAAAAAAAAUCAGUCUCUAUUGGCUGAAGGCUGACUUCCUUGGAGAAAAAUCACAGCAGUGUUUAGGAGACUUGAUGUCCCUCUGUUUAAAUUGUUCUCAGGUGUACUAAAAAAAAGUCCCUGGGGCCAGAGGCUGGAUGAAAGCUUCUUUUGGAUAAAUAAAAAAUGGUAUAUGUAUAUGGGUUUUUUUUUUAGCAAGGACAGUGAUGUCUUCUCUCAGGUUGUAAUACAAUUUUAUUUUUUAAGAGAACAUACAUACUUUGAUACUGGGCAGUAAGCCCUUUCAAGUAGAAUUCAGGGCAGAGCUUUAUCUUCUCAGCUUCUGUUCCCUACUGUCCCCUACCCACCCCACAUUCCCCCCACUGCACCCAGCCUAGGGCCCGGCAUAGGGUAGGUGCUGCAUACUUGUUGAGCUCAGGAAUCAUGGGGUGGUGGGAGGUACACAGGUUUCAUGUCAUAAGGCCAGUGGAAUCUGGGAUCCACCUUUUCCUAACACUGAGCUAUAGACAGCACGUCAUGUCAUGGAGCCUCGGUUUCUUCUCGCUCUUGCUGGUCUCCCAGAAUUCUGGGGAGAGCUAAAUGAGAAAGUAAAGCAUCAUUUCGCCUGUUUCAUCAAACACCUACUGUGUGCCAGGAGCUGUGUGAGGCAUCAUGAGCACUCUGCUGGUCCAGGCAGGCGACAUGUCAAUGCUUCUAGCAAUGUCCCUGCCUCUAACUCAGAAGCCAUGGAGGAAAUAAGGUAGCCCCCGUCCCUGGAUCGGAUCGGAUGGGGAAGCCCAGUUCAAUGGAUGCAAAAUAUAAGGAUGACUUAUUUCGGAAGUACGUGCAGUUCCAUGAAGGCAAAGUGGACACCACCCCCAGCAAGCAGCGGCCUGGCAGUGAUGAGUCCCUGCGGGUGGCAGCCUCGACCCUGCUCAGCCUGCACAAGGUGGAUCCCUUUUAUCGAUUCCGGCUGAUCCAGUUCUAUGAGGUGGUGGAGAGCUCUCUGCGCUCACUGAGCUCCUCCAGUCUGCGGGCUCUGCACUGUGCCUUCAGUGUGCUCGAAACGGUGGGUGUCAACCUUUUCCUCUACCCGUGGAAGAAGGAAUUCAGAAGCAUCAAGACCUACACGGGCCCCUUUGUUUAUUACGUCAAGUCCACAUUACUGGAAGAGGACAUCCGAGCCAUCCUGAAUUACAUGGGCUACGUGCCCGAGUUGGGGACUGCGUACAAGCUCAAAGAGCUGGUAGAGACCCUCCAAGUGAAGAUGGUCUCCUUUGAACUCUUUCUGGCCAAGGUGGAGUGUGAACAGAUGCUGGAAAUCCACUCCCAAGUCAAGGACAAAGGCUACUCUGAGCUGGACGUGGUGAGCGAGCGCAAGAGCAGCGCGGAGGACGUGCGAGGCUGCUCAGAUGCCCUGCGGCGGCGGGCCGAGGGCCGGGAGCACCUGACAACCUCCAUGGCCCGCGUGGUGCUCCAGAAGUCGGCCAGCGAGCGGGCAGCCAAGGACUACUACAAGCCCCGUGUGACCAAGCCCUCAAGGUCGGUGGACACCUAUGACAAUUACUGGGAGAGCCGGAAGCCGCCCCUGAAGACCUCGUUGAGCCUGCGGAAGGAGCCUGUGGCAGCAGACUUGGGGGACGACCUCAAGGACGAGAUCAUCCGCCCGUCCCCCUCGCUCCUGACCAUGUCCAGCUCCCCCCACGGCAGCCCGGAUGACCUGCCAUCCCCCUCCCCCAACAAUGGCCUUGGCUUGCUGCGUGGCACGUACUUCUCUGCUCAGGAGGAUGUGGAUCUGUACACAGACUCGGAACCCAGGGCCACGUACCGGAGGCAGGAUGCCCUGCGGCCAGAUGUCUGGCUGGUCAGAAACGACGCCCACCCCAUCUACCACAAGCGCUCGCCCCCCGCCAAAGAGUCCGCCCUCUCCAAGUGCCAAAGCUGCGGUCUGUCCUGCAGCUCCUCCCUCUGCCAGCGCUGCGACAGCCUGCUCGCCUGCUCCCCGGCCUCCAAGCCCGGCGGCUUCCCCAGCAAGGCCUCCGCCCACGACAGCCUGGCCCACGGGUCAUCUCUGCGGGAGAAGUAUGCAGGCCAGACACAGGGCCUCGACCGGCCGCCGCACCUCCACUCGAAAUCCAAGCCCUCCUCUGCAGCCGCCACCCGCUGUGGCUUCUGUGACCGCCCCGGGGCCGCCAACACCUGCACCCAAUGUUCGAAAGCCUCCUGCGACGCCUGCCUCAGCACCUACCAUUACGACCCCUGCUGCAAAAAGAGUGAGCUGCACAAGUUCAUGCCCAACAACCAGCUGAACUACAAGUCCGCCCAGUUCUCCCAUCUCGUGUACAGAUAGACUCGACCUUGCACCUCCCUGCUACAAGGGCUACACCACUGACCUUUCUGGUUUCAUGGGGAAGAAACGUUAACACGUUGAUCCCAGAAGCAGAGGCCUGCACUUGACCACGUGGUUGUGGGGGGGGAUCGUGUGGCCUGCUGCCCCACGUGGGAGUUCCCGUAUCGACUCAGAUAUGUCAGCUGAUGGCUGCUUCGCCACCUGGCAAGAGAGACGGGUGGCACUUGCAUUCAGAUUCAUUUUUGCUAUCACUCCCUGUUCCAUUCUUUUGUUUUUGUCUCUCAAAGAGGAUUUCUAUCUCUGGGACUCUUGCCAUGCCGACUGCUCCCACGGCAAAGCCAACUUGGACUGGGAAGGGCCCUCCAGGUCCCCUCCGAACGCCCACCUGGAGUGGUGAGCUAGAGGCCUGUUGGCUUGUGAAAUGAGCCCUCCUGCCACACCGGGCCUCAUCCACUGGCUCAUCCCUCCACCACCCUUUCCCAAACACGAGGAUCCCCGGCGGCAGCCCCCCACCCAACUUCACUGCCUCUCCACGUAUCGAGGGUGACCCCAGUCCAGGAUUCGCUUAAUGUCAUCCUGUUGCCUCCACAGCUCAGUUCAGCCUUGGGGUUUGUGAAGUUGGCUCUAGCUCUCUGAAGGGUGGACCUUCCACACUGGGACUGACUUUUCCCCCCUUUCUGUUGUUUGCACAUGCCUCUCUUACUCUACUGUAAAUAGAUAUUUUUGAGAUUUAUUUUUAAAUAAAUAUUCAACUUGCUGUGUGUUUCAAAGUGGUUAAAACAUUAACGAUGUAGCUAUUUAUAAAAAUGCCCCGGGUUCUUUAGUCUUCCAAGGGAGGGGCUUGUGCCCUUCCAUCUUGUAUCCUCCACUCGCCACAGCCCGAGGGUAGAGUGGAGAUUGUAGGGGCAGAGGAGGAACAGAGACGAUGUCCCCUGAGUUGGUGGAGAGCCACUGUCUUCCCUACAAUAAAUUUCUAACACCUACCUCCAGUGUGCACUUAGGGGGUUAGUCUGGGCCGAGAGGUCUGUGCGCCUGCAGACUGUGACAACCUAGUGACCAUUCAGGAACCUCACCCUGUGGAUCUCCGGCCUGGUCUUUGCCGCUUGCUGAGUGUGAACCUUGCACUCCAAACUUCUUGAGUCUCAAUUCAGAAGGAAAAUCGUUUGGGAUUCCCACCACCCCUCUAUCUCAGUCCUCUUCUCUUCACCUGUUUCCAGGAUUCCUCUGCAACAUUUGUGACCUUUUUGCACUAAAAGUGGGCAGGAGCCGGCGUGCCCAUCAGACAGAUGUGUCCUGAGGUUCUUAGCCGAGCCUCAGCGCUCCUAAACCCGAAGGCCUCUUAAACUCCUAAUGUGAAUUGCUGACCCCGGAUUUCCUUUUGGGGUGCAGAGCAGGAGUGGGGCAAGAAUUUGAAAAUAAAACUGCUUCCUUGUGAACUAACAGUAUGUUUUAGCCAUAGUGUUUGUGAUGUACAGAACGUUGUAGGAAUUUAUAUGCAGUGCGUUUUCUGAUAGAAGGAGGUAUUCAGCUCUCGAGCAGAUUUAAAUCUGGCUGAAUCCUGAGGCCACUGUGAAUUUGCUGAUGUUCUUCCAACUUAGUUGCGUGAUUUUAAGGUUUUCAAAAUCUUCUGUGGCUCUUUUUCUAUAUAUCUAGUAGAUCACGUGUAGAUAUUCAAUGUGUAUAUAAAGCUGAAUUUCAACCAACUUUAUUACUAAGACCCACCCAUUCUGGGGCAUUCAUCUCUGAUGUUCUUCCUUUUCACGUUUCAGAAGUGUCCGUGCCUGUCCCAGUCCUGAGUUUUCUAGUUUUCCAUUUCCAGACUGCUCUAGCACUACACUAACUCUUUUAACCAACCGUGAUGCCACGUAACUUACACAGCAGACGAAAGUAGGAAUAACUAACUUGUCCUGGAAGAGAAAGGCCAGUGUGUGUAUCAUCACGGAAAUACUGUGUUCGUGGACUGGAAUAGGAAAUGCUGUGACCAUGCUCCUCCUCGUUGUGUAUCUUAUUGUAUGAGGUUGCUGUGACUGAGAUAAAUACACGCUAACUUAAAAAAGCAGAUGUUUUGCAUUUGAUUUCUACCAAGAGUUGAAAUGUUGAGAGAUGAUUUAAAAAAAUAAAUAAAGUGUCUUCCAUUGUUAAA